GUCACACGAAGAUACUCCCCAUUUCCCGGGACUCUCUCUCCCACCAACUUCCGGAUUCCGUUUCCACCCGCCCGCUCCGCUCUCGGCGCAUCAUUCCUUGCCAGCGGUCCACGCAAAUCCCAAAUCCCAAACCCCGCGCCGAUGGACACGCAGCUCGAGCCCACCCGCGCCGCUCUUAUACGCCGCAGCCUGCUCGGGCAGCCGUGAUAACGCUCCUUCACCUCCCACGUGCCGAUUCUGGUGGCCUUGGCGGCGGGGCGGCGAGAUGCUGGGGUCCGGGCUGAAUCUGGUGACCACGGUGAUCGGCUUCGGGAUGAGCGCCACCUUCAUCGUCUUCGUCUGCGCACGCCUCAUCUGCGGACGCGCCGUGCGGGCCGACGCCGAGGCCGACGUCGCCGCCGCCCGGGCCAUGGCUCCGGGCCCCGCGCCCUUCGACUUCGACAUCGAGUUCCGCACCGCGGAUCUCGAUCGCACGAUUCAGAACACCUGCAGUGGAUUGGAACCUUUCGUUGUUGCUGCAAUUCCAACAAUGACGUAUAGCUCUGAAGCCUUCCAUUCAAAAGAUGAUGCCCAGUGCUCCAUAUGUUUGGGUGAAUACGACGAGAAAGAGAUCCUGCGUAUAAUGCCCACAUGCCGACAUAAUUUUCAUCUUUCCUGUAUAGAUAUAUGGUUAGAGAAGCAAACGACCUGCCCAAUAUGCCGAAUCUCGUUGGACUUACCGGGUGGAAAAGCCAGUGCUUCCCCUGCCCGUAGCCUCCCUCAAUUAUUUGGCCACCCUGAGAGCUCUGCCAGUCGUUCACCGCAUUGGAUACUUCCCAUGCAUCGUGAUCGUACCGGGGGUAGAGGUAACAGACCGGCCUCACAAGAAUCACUAGAAGUGGUCAUAACAUGAAAUGCACUGAGACAAAAUCAAGACACGUUGGUCAGGCUAUGUUGUUCCUUGGCGGUGCAUGGAGGACGUCUGCCAUUUGCAGAAAUCCUGUGCAUCCUUCUUCCAUCACAAUUCACCACACUUUGGGCGUAGAAUUGGAGGCAAUUUGUUUGUAGGCCCGGCCUUUAGGCAUGCUUUCUAUGUCACGGGUUGUAGAUUAGGGAUUUCCCCAUUUCGCUACUUCGUGGCUCUUUGUAUGUUCGUUUUGAUGAGCAUUUGUUGUAUAUUCCCAAAGGAAAUAGUUGUACAGAUCAGAUGAGGAGCUGCGAAAAUAUUUGUGUGGCUUCUCUGCUCGUCAGACAAAUCGCCAGCGCUUCUGAAAUGCACACUGUUUUCCCUA